AUGUUCAUCAAAAUACUUCAAAUACUUUUACUGACAUCAGUUAUGACUGCUGGUAUGUUACCAGAAGAAAAAGCUCAACUUCGUUCACAAGUCAUUGAUAUGUUUAAACAUGGUUUUGGUUCCUAUAUGAAAUAUGCCUUUCCAGCUGAUGAAUUAAUGCCAUUAAGUUGUAAAGGGCGAUAUCGUGGUUCAGAACCAUCUCGAGGUGAUAUUGAUGAUGCUCUUGGAAAUUUUUCGUUAACACUUGUUGAUAGUUUGGAUACAUUAGCGGUGCUUGGAAUGUUUGAUGAAUUUGAAUGUGCUGUUCGUCAAGUUGUUCAACAUGUUUCAUUUGACCGUGAUGUGGUUGUGUCUGUUUUUGAAACAAAUAUUCGCAUGAUCGGUGGUCUUCUCGGUGGUCAUAUAUCAGCCAAAUACAUUAAUUCUCGGCAUCCCGUUCGUUUAUCAUGGUAUCGCGAUGAACUCUUGGUAUUAGCUCAUGAUUUAGCAAUUCGUUUAUUACCCGCAUUUAAUACAAGCAGUGGUUUACCAUUGCCACGUGUUAAUCUUCGUCAUGGUAUUGAUUUAACAUUGUCAAAAAGUGAACGUGAACGUUUUACUUGUACAGCAUGUGCGGGGACUCUCAUAUUAGAAUGGGCAACAUUAUCGCGUCUAACAGGAAAUUAUUUAUUUGAACAAUACGCCGAUCGAGCCAUGUCUUAUCUAUGGGAUAGGCGACAUCGACAAUCAAAUUUAAUGGGCACAAUACUAAAUGUACAUUCAGGUGAUUGGAUUGUGCGUGACUCUGGCAUUGGUGCUGGAAUAGAUUCAUAUUAUGAAUAUCUAUUUAAAGCCUAUGUUCUAUUAGGUGAAAAAAAUAAUGACUAUUUAACACGUUUCCAACAGCAUUAUUCAUCUAUAAUGUCGUAUGUUCAACAAGGUGUAGCUAUGAUUAAUGUACAUAUGCAUCAACCAUAUCGUUCAACUAAAAAUCAUAUGGACGCUUUAUUAGCCUUUUGGCCUGGACUACAAGUUAUGACAGGAGAUUUAAAACCAGCAAUUGAAUUACAUGAAAUGCUUUAUCAAGUUGUGAAAAAACAUAAAUUUUUGCCUGAAGCUUUCACAACUGAUUAUAGAAUACAUUGGAAUUCACAUCCAUUAAGACCUGAAUUUGUCGAAUCAACAUAUUUUCUCUAUAAGGCUACUGGUGAUCCUCAUUAUCUCGAAGUUGGUCGUACAAUAAUGAAUAAUUUAGAAAAACAUGCUCGUGUACCAUGUGGUUAUGCAGCAUUAUCUGAUAUUUCAACAGGUCGACAUGAAGACCGAAUGGAUUCAUUUGUAUUAGCGGAAACAUUUAAAUAUCUUUAUUUAUUAUUUGAUUCUAGCCCAAAUCCUUUUAUUGACAUAGAUCAGUUUUUAUUUACAACUGAAGCACAUCUGCUACCACUUAAUUUGUUAUUAUUUAAUAUAAAUGAUACUUUAAGAGAAGAAUUUGAUAAAAAAACUUUAUUGUCAGCACGUAUUUAUGAUCAAAGAAAUCUUUCAUUGACAGAAAGAUUAAGUGAUAAACGUGCCAAAAACAAUCAAUGUCCAGCGUUCGAUGCUAAAUUUCAAUCUCAUCAAUAUAAAGAACAAUUAAGAAGGAACAUUCGAGGCGAUCAAGAUAUGACAGAAACAGUAACAACAUCAUCAAUUGCAAUUGAAAAACAAACGAAAGAUGUAACAAAUUAUCGUUUGACUGCAGCUGAGUUUUCGGCUGGUGAUCCUCAGCAUGUUGCUCAACUUUCACAAAUGGGAAUUCAAAUUCAAACAGUCGCUGAUGGCCGUAUUCAAUUAGUUCAUAAUGCAGCUAAUGCUGCAUCUCAUGAGGAUGCCGAGGAUGGUCUUCUUUUUGUACAAGAAAUGGUGAAUCUAAUGAAAACUACUGGUCUAGGUCAAGCAUCAUUGGAAUCGAAUCAUCAUAUGCCAUUGAGUGUAAUUCCCUUAGUAACUCCGCCAUUAGGCAAACUAGUUAGCCUUACCGUUGGCUGUGCUCAAUUCGGUAAACAAUUACAUGGAAAACUAGGUAUAUUUGCUCAACUACAUGUUGCUCAACCAUUUUCUGGCUGCUCACAAUUAUUCUUCCCUCAUCAUCACUACUCGCGUAUUGCUAUUGUUCGCCGUGGUGAUUGUAUGUUUAUUGAAAAAGCUCGUCAGUUAGAACGUGUUCAAGCUGCUGGGGGUAUUGUUAUUGAUCAUAACACAUCAAUUAAAGCAUCUAAUGGAGGAGUAUUUUCUAUGACGGGCGAUGGAAAUAAUAAUGUACAUAUUCCACUUGUAUUAAUGUUUAAAGAUGAAGCAUUUCAACUUUUACAUCUCCUAUCAAAACAACCAAAUCUAAUUGUUUACAUUGGUGAUCAAAAACUUUUAAAAGAAAGUUUUUAUGAACACAUGGAAAUUCUAGAGAGUCUUUUAGAACCUUUUAAUCAAACAAGUAACAAAUGGAUUUACGGACAAAUAGAAUGGUUAGCAAAGAAACAAUUUUGUUCAAGGGUACCAGAAAAAUUAAAGCAAUUAGAAUUGACUAUUCAUCAAGAAAGUGAUCAUGUGGAAAUUGGAAUGUUGACUCAUCAGCCGAUUAUUCAAAUUGAACAUGUGAUUGAUGCUAGUGGAAAUAAAUCUGCUGAAGAACUAUCACAUGAACUGUUCAGUAGUAUUAAUUUAACAGCAGCUCAUUUCAGUGGUCAAUUAAAUAACAUUGAUGAAUAUCGUUCAGCAUUUAACAAAAUGAUUCGAACAGUACUUUCUACGGCUAAUGAAUCGUUCAAAUCAAACGUCACUGGUAAACUAGAACAAAGAAUUGAGAUUCCUGUCGAAAUUAUAACAACAAUCAAAGAAGAAGAACAAGCAGAAAAUCAACAACAAACUUCAACAACAACAACAAAUGACACUCGAGAGUACACAGAGAGAAGGCCACAAAUAAAGGAUGAAAAUUAA